AUGGGGAAAUCCUCCGCUUCUCGCAGGCGCCAGGGCGAGCGCCUUGGACGACGGGAAAGGCAUGAACAGGAACAGGAACAGCACGGUGUCCGCAACUGGGGACAGCAGGAACAGCCGGCCUGGCAGAGCCAGUCAUGGGAAGAAUGGGGCUGGUGGCCACAACACCAGUCCGCAAGCUGGGAUUGGUCUGACAACACGACUGGGCAUGGCAGUGAGGCUCCCCACGCGGAGCACUCGCACACCACCUACAAUCCGGAUGCACACCAGCCGGCUGAAGUGCAUGUGAACAGCUUGACGCUGACUGUACUGCCCACAGAGGAUGAGGACUCUCCUCUGGAAGCAAGCCUUGAGCACGGUGCGGAGCCUGUGGAGUCAAGCGACAGUGUAAGCCAUGCUCUUUUGCCUACUGCUCCUGUAAAUCCUCCCGCUGGAAGCGGUGCAGGUGUGGAUAGUGCUCCUGUAAAUCCUCCCGCUGGAAGCGGUGCAGGUGUGGAUAGUGUUCCAGAGAUAAACUUGGCCUCCUCUUCGUCUUCUAGCUCGGAACUACGACCGAGUAGCAGUGCAGCCAACAGAGCUGGCCGCCCGCCAACUCCACCUGCGCCACUUCGGAGGACCAGACGCCGCUUGACGGCUGCUGUGUCUAGCUCUUCGUCUGAGCUGGUGCCAGAUGGACAGCCCUUCCCACCAUUGCCGACAGGUCAGGGCCCUGACGAGGGAAGGCUGGACUACCUAAGGCGCUGCCUGCAGCAGGCCCUUGUCGCCUCGCCGCAUCCGUCAGCAGCAUGGGCACGAGAGAAGUGGGGUGGACCGGAUCAAAACAAGUGCUCGUCGUUUCAUUCCAAUGCCCAGAAGCCACUGCCUAGCUCUGUUGUGAGAGGCCCUACCUGUCUGAGUUUGGAACGGCAGGGGUUGCAAAGUGACGCUGUGACUGACUGUUUGACAGGUGGCGGUGACGGCGACAGGCCAUGCCGAAUAGCCCAGGUAGCUGUCGCUACUCACCCUGUGCCUCCGGAGUUGCCUAGCAACAAGCCACGGGCAUCAUGGGGUGUAGGUCUCUUCGUUGCUCUCCUUGGCAGGUGCUUUCUGGCUUCGCUCGGCUGGUGGAGGCCACGGCGCAGGGUUGUUAGGCUUACCGUCCGGGCUCUCCCAGGACAGUAUGUUCGCCGAACGUUUGUGCUGGACUGUUGUUUGCACCGUUUGCGCCGUUUCCCGAUAGGGCGCGUUCACCAUCGCACCGCACGCACAGCGUCGCAGCAGACUUCUUCUACUUGCAGCUUUGAACAUUUACGAUAUAGCACACACAAGCUACACACACCCCUCCCACAUAAAUACCGAGCUGGCCGGGGUCCCAAUUCCCUGGGCAGUGUUUGGCGACUCCCCCUACUGUGCAUUUUACUGCUGUCUUCCUUCGGCACAGGGAGUACCGCCGCCACUGCAAAACCGAGGGUUGUCGAGCCUGCCGCCUCGACGGUACCUGCUUCGGCGGGGAAAGCAGGCAUUGAAGCCGGCCCCCGAGUCACAUUUAGCUUCGCUGCCAAGCGUGCCUACCGCAGAGCACGCAAUCGUGCCCAUUUACAUGGGCAAACAUAUUACAGGGGAGCUCUACACACUGCGGAAACAUUGAAUGCACUCCAGGGUGAGAGGCUGCCGCUCAGGCGGCGCCCGCGUACCACUUCAUGUCAUGACAGCCGGCGUCGGUUGAAUCUUCUCAGCUACAAUUGCGGGGGUUUUACUUCUGCGGCGUGGGCUGAGUUCACACACUGGCUGGACUCUCAAGCCUAUGAUGUUGUAGUCGUCCAAGAAACCCACUGGCAAUCCGACGGGUGUUUCACCUUGCCUCGGUGGUACUGUGUCACUGCUGCUGCGCCCCCGGACGACAAAUACUCGGGUAUUCUUGUCAUGGUAGCGUCCAAAUUGGCCCGCUCAGAACAUGUUAGAUACGCAGUGCUACACCCGGGGCGCUUGCUACAUGUGAAGAUAGGCGGCCUAACUGUCACUCAUUCAUCUAUUGAUGUGUUGGGCGUGUACCAGUACGUCUGGCGCAGCACGGCCACCAAGGCUGAAAACCUUGCCAAUCGGGCUGUCAUUUGGAGCCGGCUGGACAAGACUGCAACAAAGCUCCCUGCGAGAAACACCCGCUUAGUGGUGGGUGACCUGAACACCCGUCCACUGCCUGGCCUAGGUAUUGAGUCCCGGCAUUUGUCACACUCUGGACCGCAGGAUGCGGAUGCUUCGAAGUUUCGUUCCUUCAUCGAUGCCGCGAGUCUCAUGCCCCUUAACACCUGGUCAGGCCCCAAAGCUUUCACGCACCAGCAUGCGGGACAUCGCACUAUCAUUGACUACAUAAUGGUAGAUAAAGACUUAGCUGAUAUGCAGGCGCGCCGCAGCGCUCCGGUGCACCACUGCCCCCUAGCAUCCUGGAAGGACAGCAAACAUUGGCCCGUUGCUGCCAGUGUAAGACUACGUCAGGCCUGGAUGCAUAGGCGAGCACGUGACACGCGAUCCAUUGAUGUCCAGUCCUUGAGGUAUGCUGUUCGGCAUGACACGCCACAGGCUACGCAACUACAGGCCAUUGUUGAUCGUAAGUUGCGCACAUUGGCCGUACCGACCACGGCGGACCAGUUACAUGCUGCGAUCAAUACCUGCCUCACGCAGGCUUGCGCCGAAGUCUUCCCGCUCAGGGCUAAGCAGCCUACCGAUGCGCCUCACCAGCAAGCCCUUAAGCGCGACAUUAGCAUCAGCUUGCAAUCGCUGUGGGCUGCUCGGAGGGCGCUCCGCGAAGCCAAAAUGUACACCGCGCGAGCGCUUACAGCGCGUGUGGACUUGCCUACAACUUCGGAUGCUGGUGAGGAUGCUGGCGCUGCACGGCAACCUUAUCGUUUCCUGCUUAGAUCGGUCAUCAACCAGUGGAGAGCGGAAACACAAUGCCGACGCAUUACCACACAGCUUCACAAGCAAAGUCGUCAACGACGGCAUGCUCGCUGGCGGGAUAUAGCUUCGCAGGUACAGGAGGCCGAUAAAGGUCGUGACUCUCAAGCCCUGCACGCCGCCUUAAAGCAAUUACAACCUUGGAAGCCGCGCACCAGGAUUCAGUUUAGGGAUGGGCAAGGAAUGCUCCUUUCGCCGCACGCAGAACUUGACACACUCAAGCGGCAUUGCCAAUCUGUGUUCGCAGUCCACGCCGAACCUCCACCCCCUGCUACGUUCCAGCAGGGAACAGCGCCGACUGCUGAUGAACUUGCGCAUGCCAUUAGUGAAACUGGGGUAAACAAAGCUGUCCCGUCUGAUUGUGCGCCGGCGGCAGUGUGGCGGCUCGCUGCUGGUGGCGUUGCUCAACUUCUGUCGUGCUUCCUUGAGGGCAGCUGGAUCGAAGGGGCUAGGGUGGACCUAGCCGGUGGGUGGAGGGAUACGGAGAUGGCGUUCAUCCCUAAACCCUCGAAGCCCCCCACACAGCCACAGAACCUGCGCCCGUUGGGGCUGAUUUCCCCGCCAGGAAAAGCCAUCGCUGCGUGGGUCAAAAGACGACUGGAGGAGUUCCUUGCUCCAGUGAUCCUCACACUACCGCAAUUUGCGUACACGGCUGGGAGAUCCACCUUGGACUGCUUACUGCGCGUGCAAGCACACUUUCACUCCACGCGCAAGCUUAUCUCCUCGAUGACGCCCUCCAUCUAUCAACGCCGAGAAGGCGCGAAGUCAGCACCAUGCUAUGGUGGCCUGACACUAUCUGUGGACCUCCGUGGCGCGUUCAAUGAAGUACCGCGUGACAAGCUUUACCAGUGCUUGCAGUUGCUGCAGGUCGAUGCUGACCUGCUAACCAUCAUCCAACAUCUGCACUGGCAGUCUCGCUACUUCGUACACAACGCUUCGGGUCGCACUUCUGUCACGUCGUCAAAUGGAAUCAAACAGGGGUGUCGGCUUGCGCCGUCAUUGUGGCUAGGGUACACCGUAGUGCUGCUGUGGUCCAUCCGUGAUGUGCUUGGUGAAGACUACAUGCGUGCCUGUGUAACGUUGUUCGCCGAUGACCUCCUCAGCUCGCAACAAUUCACCACAUGGUCUGAGGCCAUGCAGUGCAUUCACAACAUACAGGUCGUCCUCACCCUACUGGAGACGAUGGGCAUGAAAAUUAAUUUUGACAAAACGGCGGUGCUACUAGCGGCGAGCGGCCCUCUCCACCGGAAGCUGCGGCUGGCUGAAGCGAGACCCCUCCUUGCGCAGACCUGUGGCGUCUGUGGCCAGUGGUGCUCUAACUCAGGACCCCUGCAGAGCACGAUGAUGGCGGGUAUGAGCGAGGAGAUGCAAGAGAUCUUCGGCACUUCUUUGCCCAGCCUCAUGACGAGCCGACCACCCCAAGCCUCAACUGGCCUGCAACCGCUCCACCCCAAACGACAGCGACAGGAGUCACAAGGCGGAGGUCGCCCGCGCCAGCUGCGGCCCGGGACGAGCCGCGAGCAAGCCAGCCUGCAGGAACAGGUAACCCAACUGGCACGUGUGGUGAUGAAGCACGAAGACCAAAUCAACACCGCCAAGUUGGACAGGGGCUUCGUUUUCUUCCUGCACAACGGCGAGGGGAGCAUCCUGCAGAAUCUGUUCGAUAUCAGCCAGAGGACGAGGAAAGCGUACGACAACGGCCAGAUGCUGGAAAACCCCUUGCGAAUCCUGCUGCUGAAGGCGCUCUUUGUGGAGUUAGAGGGUCGUUUGAAGAUCCUGGACAAAGAUCCGCAGGCCUUGGAGAACUCCAAGCAGAAAGGCCUUCUGGGAGACCAGGGCUGGUUCUACAAGCGCUGGGACCGCAAGACCAGGAAGCUCGUCGACGAUCCGCAGCGCUCACCGCUCCCGUCCGCGGAAAUGGCAACGCUGCUGAUGGACAUGUUCCGGCUUCUGAAUGCCACCACCGUGCUGAAGUUUGGAGCCAGCCGCGGCAUUCACGAGGAAGCGCUGGAGGACCCGGAUUCAACAACUGUCUUCUUGAUGGAGAUUUCGCUGAGAGGACAGGAAGCAGAUGCUCUGCAUCAGCACUUUGCCCGACUGGCAGGGAAUGCGGUGUGGCAUCUGUUAGGGAUUCAGGUGAAGCGGGACACUCUUCGCCGCUCGGGGCAAGCGAGGAGGUUGGGAGAGAUGGCUCUGGGUUGGACAGACUCCGGCCGCACAAACUAA